GCAGACGUAGGUGACCUUGGCCGAGUACCGGAACCCCGUUCCUCGGACGCUGCCGUUUACUGGUUCUGCUGGAAUUUCGCAUGUUUCUGCGUGAGAAUGUUGGCUGUAGACUGGAGUCAUUUGGACGAUACUGCUAAGAAAUCGAGGACGCCGCAUGUCACCGACGUCCUGCGCGACGGGAGACCAAGGAAGCAGCAGCGACCACCAAGGCCGGCAGGAAGACGUAUGCGCCCGUUGAGGAUACAAGCGCCAGGGUCUUCGCCGUGAAUUUGCUGGCCCCACACAUGAAGGUAUCGUGAUCGAUGCGACGUCACCGUGACUGAGCGCUGCACGGCGCUGAAAAACCAACAUUGCGAGAGCGUCGGCGGCCGAAGCAUGGUUCGAGUGUGUUCGGUGCCGAGCGAAAACUCCUGGGCCCUGCUCGGAGAAUUGCGCAAUAAUGUUUCGAAAGUGCUGUUUUUUUACAUCUAAAGUACCGAGAUGCGUGACAUUUGCCGUGACGCUACUCACGCUGUUGGACCAAGCCCGCUGUUUGAUCUUCGGAGACAGACCGAUGUCGGCCUGCUACGGGGAACUCGGCUGCCUCAACUUGACGGGCUUUUACGACCCCAAAGUGCGCUUCGUCAACGCCAUGCCAUGGCCGCGAGCGAAGAUUGGCACCCACUUUCAGCUGUACACACGCCGCAAGCCCGAUGUGCCGGACGUCUUCGCAUGGAACGUCACCGCUCACCAGCUGCGCGACUCGGCCUUUGACCCGCGCAUCGAGACCAAGCUGUUCGCCCACGGUUUCCUGCAAGUCGCGAGGGUUCCCGAUUAUCCGAUGAGGGCCGUCAAAGAUGCUCUUCUACAACUGGGGGACUUCAACGUGAUCCUGGUAGACUGGGCGAGCGGCAGCAGGUGCGAAUACGUCCAGGCGACGGCCAAUGUCCGCGUGGUCGGGCUCGAGGUCGCUCGCUUUAUCAGCCUGCUCCAGGAAGCGUUCGGAGUCAGCCCCUACAAGUUUCACAUGUUCGGUCACAGCUUGGGCUCUCAUAUAGCUGGCUACGCCGGACAGAAACUGCAAAGGCUCGGAAGAAUUACAGGUCUUGAUCCUGCCGGGCCAUUCUUCGAGGGCAUGUCUCCUUUAGUACGGCUGGACCCGGGUGACGCCGUUUUUGUUGACGCCAUUCAUACCGACGGAGCACGUUUUAUGAUUCCUCUGCCUAUAGUUGGUUACGGCAUGAUCGAUCCAGUGGCGCACAUCGACUUCUAUCCCAAUGGCGGCGUCACACAGCCCGGGUGCGAAAAGAUCGUCAAGAACUUUUCACUCAAGAAUGGAGUCGUCCAAGGCUUUCGGGACUCGGUGACAUGCCGCCAUGAGCGAGCCAACCAGUUCGUGGCCGAGGCACUGGUGACUGAGGCGAGUCGUGACUUGGGACAGUGCGCGUUCGUCGCCUACGCCUGCGCCAGCUACGACCUGUUCCUGUCAGGAAAAUGCGCCGACUGCGGACCUGACGGGACCGGGUGCGCCAUGAUGGGCCUCUCGUCCAUCAGGUCACGGCCUCGGCAGGGGACCGUGAAGAUGUACAUCCAGACGAACCAGGAGGCCCCUUUCUGCCUGUACCACUAUUACAUAGUUGUGUACGUAGGUCCACUGCCUUCUCCGGUAUCUGGGAAAUUGCGCCUUCAACUGAGGGGGCAAGAAGGACAAGCAACCUUGACGUUGAGUAAAACGCAUGAAUACUUCUCUUCCGGCUCCCGGCUCACGUACCUGUCCACAACUCGGACAAGGGUCGGUGACAUACUGGAAGGUGCGGUAAACCUGCUUUCUACCGGCAACGGUUACAGGGGCGAGCUCGUGAUUCAGAGAGUGGACGUGUCCCUGAUGAAUAACAUCGCCGUGGCCAGGUACAAGAAAAGAGCCGUAAUACCUCUUUUUCCCACAGUGAACAACGGCGCCCAGAUCAUGCUGUCGAGAUGCAACACCUAGUGAGCCGGCGAGGGUGCAAUGCGCAUGCCACAGUGCUGUAAACUAAUUUACACCCUUAAAUGGGAAAUGGGAAGAACGGUGUGAAUCGGCCUACAACUCGCACCCUUACACCCAAAAAAGGGUGUAAGUGCGUGAGGUACACACCGAUUUACACCACUAUUCAAUUUAAGGUUGUAAAUCACAUUACAGUGCACGGGUCGCGAAACGGAAGUUUUCUCAUAAAAGAAAAAGAUUAUGGGUUAAUCUCCUUGCUUUUUAUGGUCUCUCGUGUCCUUUCUUCCCCUCAUUUUUUUUAGAUUUAUAGUCAAUAGUGUUUUAAUUUUCUGCUUACAGCAAGGCGAGUUUGUGAGUGAUGAAUAAAUCAAUUAAUCUUUAUGUUAAUAUUGAAUCAACGUUUAUUAAAGAAUAUGAUCUAAUUCGCAAAGACCUAUCUGACGACUAUGGUCGGCAGCGCCAGGCAACGCGACUUGUGACUCUAUUCGUUCUUUGUUUCUAUAAUUAUUGCACAUGCACAAUCUAUAUAGCUAAUUUAUAACAUAAUUGGUUUUGUUGUAACAACUUAGUACCAUCAUUUCCGACCGUGUUGGUCCUAAUGUCUUUAUUGAAGUGAAAAUUAUUUGUUACGUGCACCUCAACGUCAGAAGACCAUGAAGAAUUAAUAAAAAAUUCCAACUAGAGUAUUUGGCAAUGAAUCGAAGGUUUUUCUUUUUUUUUCUCCUGAUCUCAAAGUGUCGUAAGCAGCAUGUGGCUCUUCAGGCUUCUUUUUAGUGCGCGAACACAAUGGUGUGAAGUAUGGC